UCCUCUGCAAGGAAGCAACAAAUCAUGAACGCAAACAAAAGCAUCACUUUAUUGACGGCCGCCGUUUCGAGACUGUCGAGCUCUCGAUGCGCAUGCAAUGUGAACGCUGCUGUAGGAAUUCGGCGGUAUGCGGCACCGCGAGCAGUAGCUCAAGAAGAAGAACCUGAAGCCGCGUUGCCCCCAUUUUAUCCUCGCGCGCCAUCAGGUCCUCUUCCCGACUUGAAGGGAAAAUCUCCAUCCGAUCUCCAAAUUUCUUACGACCCACGCGGACACUACAAGGGGCGUCGGCUCGUUCGUUCCAUUGACGUUGAACUCCGAUCUCGUUUAGACCCGGACAACAGAGCCGAAUUAUUUCGAAAAGGAUCUCCUACGGCAGUAGAGCCCGGUUCAGUUCUUUUGAUUGAGCAAGUCUCCUCACGGUCACGCCCACGCACACAGGUGUUUGCUGGGGUUUUGAUUGCUGUCAGACGGAAAGGAGUUAUGACGAACAUUGUGGUCCGAAAUUAUGUGCUGGGGACAGGCGUAGAAUUGGUGUUGCCUAUUUUCUCGCCGAGCGUGAAGAGAAUAAAGGUGCUGAAAAGGGUGACGGGCGUCACGGAAGGUGACAACAUUUACUGGUUGCGGGAUAAACCUUCGGCGGCACCACUUGGAUUCACCAAAAUCGAUGAGAUGGUUGUUAGAGAUAGGGAGCAAGAGAGACGGGCAAAGAAAAUGCAAGGCCAGCGUUAGUUUAGGGGUUGCAACUUGUAUUUAUUAUUGAUAGACGAUUUGCUCCCUUCAACGCAUCAAAGCCCGACAUCUAGUCGUCCUUUGCAAUGAGAUGUCUUGUGGCACAGUGACCUGUAUUGUGAUGACUGUGCCAACAGAUGGGUUGUCGUGGCAACCCGGUCAGUCUUCGC